CGGACAGAAGAGCCGGCGGCGAUCAGCGCGGCAAGCGGCGGACUUUGGCCGUGAGGAGGAGGAGGAGGCGAAGCGGGCGGGGGUGAGUGGGACAGGGAGGGCGAAGGGAGCGGCAGGAAGGGGAGGGUCGGAGGUAAGUGUGCGGGGUUGAGCGGAAGCGAUGGCGGACGCUGCAGCGAGCUCCGCACUGGGCAACGGUGUAGCGAUGGAAGAUCCGGAGAAGAAGAAGAAGAAAGAGGAGAAGGCUAGAGAGAAGGAGGCGAAGAAGGCCAAGGCUGCGGCGAAAGCCGAGGCCGCCGCUGCUGCUCAGGCGGCGAAGAGCGCAGCGGGUCAGCCCGGGUUGAAGAAGCAGGAGGCCAAGGCGAAGAAGUCCCAGGCGGUGGUCGCUGCCUCCGACACGGCUUCGACUGCCGCUGCUGCUGCUGGUGGGGAUGUGCAGGACCCACUCACCCCGCAUGGGGAGAAGAAGAGGAUGGCUGCCACCAUGGCCAAGGCGUACAACCCGCGAGCGGUGGAGGCGGCGUGGUACUCGUGGUGGGAGUUCUCCGGCUUCUUCACGCCCGAGGUAAACAGCAGCAAACCGAUGUUCUCGAUCGUCGUGCCCCCUCCCAACAUCACCGGAUACCUCCAUCUCGGUCACGCGUUGACUGCCACCGUCCAAGAUGCCAUCGUCCGAUGGAAGAGGAUGAGCGGGUUCAACGUGCUGUGGGUGCCGGGUACCGACCAUGCCGGGAUCGCGACGCAGACCGUGGUGGAGAAGAAGAUCAUGAGAGAGAAAGGUCUGACGCGGCACGACCUGGGGCGCGAGGCGUUCCUGAAGGAGGUCUGGGAAUGGCGCCAUGCUUAUGGCAACAAGAUCGGCGAGCAACAACGAAGAAUGGGGGCAUCUCUGGACUGGACCAGAGCGGUAUUCACGAUGGACGAGAAGAGAUCGGAGGCGGUGACGGAGGCAUUUGUGCGGAUGCACGGAAGGGGGCUAAUCUAUCGGGACCAGAGGCUGGUGAACUGGGACUGCGUCCUGCGGACAGCCAUCUCCGACAUCGAGGUGGAUUACAUCCAGAUCGACAAGAGAACGAUGCUGCGCGUGCCGGGCUAUGGCGACGAGCUUGUGGAGUUCGGUGCCAUCACCUCGUUCGCCUACCCGCUUGCAGACGGCGAGGAGGGAGGCGAGAUCGUGGUCGCGACGACGAGGCCGGAGACGAUGCUCGGCGAUACCGCGGUAGCCGUGCAUCCGCGGGAUGAACGUUACAUGCAUCUUCAUGGAAAGUUCGCCGUGCAUCCGUUCAACGGGCGGAGGAUCCCGAUCAUCUGCGACGCGGAGCUCGUCGAUAUGGCCUUCGGAACGGGCGCGGUGAAGAUCACCCCGGCGCACGAUCCCAACGACUUCGAGACGGGGAAGAGGCACAAUCUCGAGUUCGUGAACAUUCUGACCGAUGAUGGGUUCAUCAACGGAAACGGCGGGGAAUUCGCGGGACUGAAGAGAUUCGAGGCGCGCGUCGUCGUGGUGAAGCGCCUGCAGGAGAUGGGUCUGUACAGGGGCGUCGCCGACAAUCCCAUGAGAUUGGGGCUGUGCUCGCGGAGCAAGGACGUCAUCGAGCCGAUGAUCAAGCCGCAGUGGUAUGUGAAGUGCGACCGCAUGGCGGCGGAGGCGUGCGACGCUGUGCGAGAUGGACGGCUGACGAUUAUUCCCAAGCAGUUUGAGGAUGUGUGGUUCCGAUGGCUGGAAAACAUCCGGGACUGGUGCAUUUCACGCCAACUGUGGUGGGGGCAUCGAAUCCCGGCGUGGUACGUCGUCAGGGAGAGCGACAAGGAGAAGGCGGUGGGCACGUACAACGAUCAGUGGGUGGUCGCGCGGACUGCGGAAGAAGCGGAGGCGCAGGCGCGGCGGAGGUACCCCGCGGAGGAGUUGCGACUGGAGCAAGAUCCCGACGUGCUUGACACGUGGUUCUCGUCCGGUCUGUUUCCGUUCUCGGUCUUCGAGUGGCCCGCGCAGACGGCCGACCUGGACAACUUCUACCCGACCUCGUUGCUCGAGACGGGCCACGAUAUCCUCUUCUUCUGGGUGGCGAGGAUGGUGAUGAUGGGCAUGACGCUGACGGGCAAGGUACCCUUCAGCCACGUGUUCCUGCACGCCAUGGUCAGGGACGCGCACGGGCGCAAGAUGAGCAAGUCUCUGGGCAACGUGAUCGAUCCCUUGGAGGUGAUAGAGGGUAUCAGUCUGGAAGAACUGCACAAGAAGCUGGAGGCGGGCAAUCUCGAUCCGAAGGAGAUCGCGAAGGCGAAAGCCGGGCAGAAGUCCGACUACCCCGACGGCAUUGCGGAGUGCGGGACCGAUGCCCUGCGCUUCUGUCUGCUGGCAUACACCACGCAAGCGAACAACAUCAACUUGGAUAUCCAGCGGGUGGUAGGCUACCGGCUGUGGUGCAACAAGCUGUGGAACGCCAUCAAGUUCGCCAUAAUGACGCUGGGGGAGGACUUCACUCCUCCUCCUUCGUCCUCGGACCCAGCCGCCGCCGCCGCCGCUCUUUCGGCCUCUGCAGUGCCGUCAAGCUGUCGGUGGAUCCUGAGUGUGCUCAGCAAAGCCGUUCGCAGGACCGUGACCGCUAUGGAGGCCUACGACUUGGCGGAAGCAACCACCGCAAUAUACCACUGGUGGCAGUAUCAGCUCUGCGACGUGUUUAUCGAGCUGUCGAAGCCUGCAUUGAAUUCAGCCGACGAAUCGGCCGCUGAGGAGAAGAGAGCGACGAGAGAGACGCUGUGGACGUGCCUGGAUACUGGCCUUCGUCUUCUGCAUCCCUUCAUGCCGUUCGUGACAGAGGAGCUCUGGCAGAGAUUGCCUAGCGGCGGAGGAUGUCAAGGGAAAGCAGCAGCUGGCAAAGGGGAGGAGGAGAAGGAGGAGGAGGGGAAGGACCUUCCCACUCCCUCUCCCUCCCGGCCGCCGUCGAUUAUGGUGUCUGAGUACCCGAGACCGGUUGAGGCUUGGGAGGAUACGUCGGUGGAGGAGGAUAUGGUGCAGGCGGAGGAUGCUGUCAGGGCAAUAAGAAGCUUGAGGAACGGGUACGGAUUGCAGAAGAACCAGAGGCCGGAGUGUUUUGUCCAGUGCAAGAGCGGGGAGGUGGCUGAUCGCUUGGCGCGCUGCAGGCCUUUCAUUCUCACCCUCGCCGCGCUGUCGAAGGUGGAGGUGCUGAAGGAAGGCCAGAGCCCUCCGCCGGGCUGCGCGGUGGCCAUCGUCGACGAGGGGACCACGGUGCACUUGAUGCUGCGUGGACUGGUGGACGCGGACUCGGAGAUUUCGAAGCUCCAGAAGAAGACAGAGCUGCUGCUAAGGCAACAAGAGGACCUCAGGAAGAAGACGAGCAUUCCAGGCUAUGCGGAGAAGGUUCCCGCUGCAGUGCAGGAGGAGCACGCUGCCAAGGCGGCCAAGUUGGGCACUCUAGCCAAUCACCAGUUGCGUUGUAAGGAUACGCAUAAUGGAAAGAGAGAGGAGGGAGGAGAAGGAGGAGGAGGAGGAGGAGGAGGAGGAGGUGGUUGUCUGGAAGUACCGGAGGGAGGAGGAGGAGGUGGUUGUCUGGAAGUACCGGAGGGAGGASGAGGAGGAGGUGGUUGUCUGGAAGUCCCGGAGGGAGGAGGAGGUGGUUGUCUGGAAGUAUCGGAGGGGGGAGGAGGAGGAGGAGGAGGAGGUGGUUGUCUGGAAGUACCGGAGGGAGGAGGAGGAGGAGGUGGAAGGGAGGAGGAGGAGGAGGUGGUGGUUGUCUGGAAGUAUCGGAGGGAGGAGGAGGAGGAGGUGGUUGUCUGGAAGUACGUGAGGAGAGAGAGGACGGUUCGAGCAGUAUGUUUCGGAGGAAAUACUAAUUGAUAGGUUUAGGUUAGGGUACCGAAUGAUGUUGUGACGGCAGUCUCAGAGAGGGAAGAAGACAGGGGCGGAGGGAAGAAGACUAAUAGGUGUCGAGGGCGUACUGGCGCUGUUGAUAGGGUAUACAGGAGGACGAGGAGCAUUUUCUUUACUGAAUCUGGUCGUAAUUACGGGCGGAAACGUCAGCGGAAAGUCUUCGUGCUGUGGAAACUUAUACCGUCCUAACGCCGGGCAGGGGCGGGCGACUCAACGCGACAAUGCUGAUUGAUUUGGACCUCUGGACCUCCGAUUGCCGCCUUGGGCGGUUCGGCGGCAAAGGCGCCCGAGGCUCUCCUCCGCGCCUGGGGGGCGUGCGCUUGUCGAAGGCUUUGCCGCGCAUCGUCGUCUUGUAAUAUGAUCGAAACCGGAUUGAUGAACGGAUUGCGUACGCGGGAUCACGGACAUACUUCUUCUCGGUGGAUGGAGGAUUUCAUUGGUGUAUUCGAUUGAUUGAUUUUGAUUAAUUCGUUAAUUAAUUGAUGGUCAGGGCUCACGUGGGCAACAAAGAGGGAAUGAGGACGGAGGAAGCGAUGCCACAUGUCAAGGAAAGGAGGGUUCCAUCUGUAAGCGAAGUAAAGGUAAGGGUGCCACGUGUUAACCAAGGGUGCCUGCCAAGUGUUGACAGGGGUGCCCCUACGUGUUAACCAAGGGUGCCCCUACGUGUUAACCAAGGGUGCCCCUACGUGUUAACCAAGGGUGCCCCUACGUGUUAACCAAGGGUGCCCCCAAGUGUUAACCAAGGGUGCCCCCAAGUGUUAAAAGGAGUGCCCCCAAGGGUUAACCAAGGGUGCCCCCAAGGGUUAACCAAGGUUGCCGCCAUGUGUUAACCAAGGGUGCCCCCAAGUGUUAACCAAAGGGUGCCCCCCACGUGUUAACCAAGGGUGCCGCCAAGUGUUAACGGAGAGUGUUACGUGUGUGUUAAUUAAAGCGUACGGCGUGUUAACCUUUGAUUGGAUUUCUGAACGAGGAAGUUUUGGUCCAUGAACGGCUUUUGAAUUGAAGUAGUUUUGUUGUGCUUAUUCUUUCAGCUUCCUUGCUUUCGUCUUCCCUCGAACACAACGCACCCUCAUUUUGAGUGUGCGGGACCUAACGUACAGCUUGUGUGACAUUGUGUGACAUUCAUGAUCAGGGUGCGUUGUGUUCGAGGGUGUAAGACGGUAACGAGAAGGCGGUCGGUGGUUGAUCGCUCACGCGUCAACAAAAAAAGGGGAGAGAUUUUGAUUGAUUCGUUGAUUUGAUCGGUGCAGGAGGGGGAUUUGAUGGUCUGGGUUUCCAUACGACGAACGGGCAGUACGCGGGACUUUCUGGCGUGUAUUUGAUUGA